AUGGCGCCUAUCAGGCGCUACCUCCGAAUCAGCAAAUAUACCGUCCUUGAAUGUCGCAUCUACCUAGACAACCCAUCCGACGCACGAUGGCUUCUGGACAGCCGAAACCCUGUGCUCCCUCGGAUCUUCACCGCCAUUCGCCCUCUAGUCCUACCCAAACUGCGUGAAGAAAACGAGAGACUUAUUGCUCGGAAGAAAGGCCAUCCGGUCAAGGAUGUGAUCACAGAAGAGGAUUUUGAGGUUUCCUUAUUCCUCCGCGAAUCCCGCACAAUCCAUUCACUUCUCACACGACACAAGGAGUUUGAGGAACCAGGGGCCAACGGAUCUAGUGGAAAGGUUAAGGUUGGAGCGGUGGAUAAGCCGGCCGGUGGCGCGCACACAAGCAUUCUGGUCGAGAGUGAUAGCGAGACAGAGUCGGAUUUGCGAAAUAUUCCUCAGGAGGCUGCAGAGGACAGGGUUGAGUCGUCUGAUGACUGGCGUGCGCCAAAGCGGAGGAAAGGCCAGGAACCAGUGGACGACGAUGACGAUGACAAAAAACUGCGCUUCAAAACAAACUAUGAGGGGUUCAACAUCUAUGGCUGGGUAUUAUGCUUGCUGGUCACACGCAAGGGCGGCAGAUCCAGAUCGAGGGCAGCAUCCACGGAACCCUCACGCCAGGCUCUCAUGGAGGAAUGGAUAUCUACGCAGGCCCAGGGAGAUCUAGACGAAGCAUAA